AUGCGCUUUGAAACGCAAUUUGUAUGUACUCUGCCCCGAUUUCAUUGCGAAGCUUACAUAAUGACUAGUAGGCAUUCGUUCGCCGCCUCAAAAACAUGCCCAAAUUGAGAUAUUUACGGCUGAUGCCAGGCUACCUUGGUCGGUUUCUACCACCUGAUGCAUGCCGUUGGCCAAAUAUCACGAGUUCCAAACAUCUCGCAUACUGCUACGUCAAGUUCUUGAAGAACGUUUGUCCCUCGCUUCAAUAUAUUAAAAUUGGCGAGUAUACGUGGCAAAUUGUUCCGAAAUGGUGUCAAGAAAGGUCAUUGUGGGAUGGCCUCGAUUACAUUUUCAUUCCACAUGGCGAGGAUACCAAUAUGGAUAUUCUGUCCUAUGAUUCGUGGGCAGAGAACUCUGGCUUGAUAGGGGCUGACCGUUUUGUUAAUGUGCAGGGUGAUGAGGGAAUGAAGGAGGUGGAAGACACUAUUGUCGAUGACGAUGAAGACGUCAGUGAAACCGAUCCUGAAUUUGAUUCCGAAUUGGACUUCGACAAUGAUGAGCUUGUGUAUUAUUUUGGACUUAGCGGAGAAUCAGAUGAAGGAGACUGGACGGAUGAACCCGCUUCUGAGACUGAUUAA